GUAGAAGCUACAUCAUUGUGCUGCAUACGUUCCAGAUGUUAGCCUCGUCGCCGUUGUCAGGAACCUAGGAAAAAGGACUGAAAAUCAACCAAGGAAGUGGUUAGCAGGCAGGAGAAAGCAUGUGAGGAGCAGCAAUUUUACUGAGGUUCUGAGAAGACAGAAGGAGGAUCCCAACAGGGUCUCAGUUGGAUUAUGGCCGUGCUCUCUCAACCUAACUGAUGAUCGAAAACUAUAUUGUGACCAUCCUUGUGUCCUUUGUCAUUGGCUCCAUUCUUGUUGUGGUGGCCCUGGUGAAGCUCGUCAAAACCAACAUCCAUGCGACUAUGUUUUGGAAUGAAAUUGUCCUUGAGAAAAUAACCAAUUUUGUCAUGGAUCAGAGCAAAGAGCAGCGGAUAUUAAACACAGUAUCAUACAAUGCGAUCAAAGGAAAUCCCGAGAGCGUGCUGGACUGCAUAGAUAAGUACUGCUCCAAGAGCGAGUGGGCCAUGAACGUGGGGGAUGAAAAAGGUUUGAUCCUAGAUAAGAUUGUAGAGGAAACUAAUCCAUCUGUUGUUUUGGAACUGGGAACAUACUGUGGUUACUCAGCAAUAAGGAUCGCUCGACUUUUGAAACCGAAGGCUCGGCUUUUGACUAUCGAAUUCAACCCAGAAUUUGCUUCUAUUGCAAAAGAAAUUAUUGAGAUUGCUGGAGUCAAUGAUAAGGUGACCAUCCUGGAAGGCCACUCAGAAGACAUUAUCCCACAACUGAAGAAGAAAUACGAAGUAGAGAAGCUGGAUUUUGUCUUUCUGGACCACUGGAAAGAAAGAUAUGCCCCAGACACCAUCUUGCUUGAAGAAUGUGGCUUGCUGAGAAAGGGCUCCGUCCUCCUGGCUGACAACAUCAUCUACCCUGGGGCACCAGAGUUCAUCAAGUACAUCCGUAACAACAAGCACUUUGAGUGCACCACCUUCCUCUCUCACCUGGAGUACAUGAAAGUGGAGGAUGCCAUGGAAAAGGCUGUCUACCUGGGACCCGAGUAGCUUUCCGCUGCCAGUCCCACCAGGCUGAGAAGCCCCCCUGUAGUCCUGUCUUUGCUUCAGAUUUUAGCUUUCUGUAAUUUGGGGCCUGUGAUGAAAGUGAAACAGGGCAGAAGCUGGACUAAGCUGGAAGAGAGAGAGAGAGAGAGACUGUGCAUUAACUAGGUUUAGAUCAGCCCCUCUUUCUAUUUUAGCCAAUGUUCAUUUCCAAUUAGUGUGUCUAAAAAUGGCAAAGCCAACUGGCUUUAAAGGCAAAA